AUGAGCCAAUUUCAAUUGUUCCCACCACCUUCGCCCGAGGUCAAGAGGUCUAACAAUCCAUUUCGCAAAGCUGGGAAGAAGCCAGUACCUGCAACCGAUCCAGUCUCUCCAAUUCCUCUCGAGGAGAUCAAGGAUCCCGGCAAGACCGAAUCCGUGUUACUUCAGAUCAUCGAAGAUACUCAGGAUUUUCCACCACCACCACAGCGAGAUGUUUCAAGGGCUAAGUCUCCGCCGUUUGGGGCCAGUAGAUCCCGUGAUACGAGAUCCCCUCAGCCUAUGCAUACCGAGAACCGUCAGGCCAAGAGAACACACCAGGCUUUGCCUUCACACGCCAGUCAAAGCAGCAGCAGUAGUAGCAGCAAUCAUACUACAUCGUCAACUGUUUCGCCGCAGUCAUCGCAGUCAUCCACCUCCCCAAUCCCAAUGAGAUCAAUGUUUCCUCAAUUGGAUCCGAAACUGCCGUUCAAUCAGCAGGUGUAUCAGUCACAGAUUCCAGAUGUCCCACGGCCCGUGAAGGCUGCUCGUCGAAAGCCUCCUAGGCUUACGCUGUCAACAAAUUCCGAGAUUGAUCAUGUUCUCGGUCCGAAGACUGUACCUGCAAGCGUGCUCAACUUCCCGACUUGUGGUCUGGAGUCCGAAGAGGUUAAAUACUCAUCUGUCGAGGAUCUGAAGAUGUUAUGGGAAACGGCCAACGGCCAAAGACCACAAGAUCUCGUUGGAACAUUAAAUCUUCGCAUGAUCAAAGCUGGGCCAGCUACAUUUACCUUCGGAAACUCGCAAAAUCCAUUCUAUACACUGCAAACAUAUUCCACCAAUGAACUAGCUUUGAGCAGAUGCGAACCCUCCAAACCAAACCAUGAUGUACCCAUCAUGAUGAUGAGCCUUGAAGAGCGCAUCCGCCGCGAACAUCCCCAUGACGGCCUUGUCACGCUACUAUUCUCCAGACUAGCAGCCAUGUUAGCAAUUGAUCAAGCGGGGGAGCUCAGCAAACGACACCAUCUAUCUCCCGCCGAGUCAGCAGAGGUAGAAACAGACGCUCUCAAGCGCGCCGCAGCACAAGAAUCCUGCCGGCUCUCCUGGAACCAUCACCAACGUCUCUACGAGCUAAGACACCCCUAUCUCUCGAGACACAACCCACCCGCUCUGGUCGGCGCCGCAGGAAUCCCACUAUCACCUGUGCGAUCUCAGUCUUCAGGAAUGGUUCACAUUACAGUAUCUGAACCCUCUGGUGAUGCCUCCCCACGCCAACCGCCAACAAUCAUCGUCACCGGCCCGGUCUCCUCCACUGCAAUGGAAGCCGCUCAACAAGCUGCCAAUCCACGCACUUCCACACUCCCAGUCACAGAUCUUGACGAGCCACUCGCGUCGCUGGACUUCGGUACUAAGACUUUGUCUAUCUCCCCUGCAGCUGUUAUCGCAACAAUCCCUUCUCUGUACGCCAUCGACUCUCUCAUCGCGGCGAUUCUGGCAGUCGCCGUUUCAGACGAAGCCACCAACCCCAUUCUCGCAGAUAUGGUCCUCGGAUCACCGAAUUCAUCCAGGUCAACGGGAUCCCAGAACCCAGGCCCUUACUCAAUGCCCGUGUUCCAGGGCAAAUUAGUUACCACCAUCGCCGAGCGUGAAGAUGCAGAAGAGAGCAUGCACCUAGCAGCCCAGAUCAAAUCUGCACAAGAGAAAUCCAAAGAAUCUUCGGAAAAGAAAAGUAUUUUCAAAUUCUGGAACAAAUCAUCUUCCACACCGCAGGCCGGUAGUCGAAAUUCGAAGAAGAAUAAAAACCAGCCCAUUGUUGAGGAAUUCGAUUUAGAGAAAUACGGUCGAUAUGGAAAUGAUUCUUCGUAUAAGGACAAGAAUCUGCCUGGAGCUACUCGUGGUAUUCUGCGGAUACUGUUCUUCGGCUUGGAGUUGGUUGUGAAGGGAUUGACGUUGAUUGUCAAGAUCUUGGCUUGGCUGUUGGUUAAAGCGACCCGAUGUGUUACGAGUGAGAAGUUCUGA